CCCCCUCCCCUCUGUCAGGGCCCUCUGCUGUGGCUAUGGCUUGGUUUCUGUGUCUGUGUGUGAUUUUGGCCGUGGGCCUGGCUUUGCUAGCGCUGCGCCUGAAGCUCAAGAUGUCCGCUCGUGGCCCCCAGGAGCCCCCCCGCCUCCCAGCGCUACCCCUGAUCGGCAGUCUGCUGAGCCUGCGGAGCCCACACCCUCCUCACGUGCUUUUUAAAGAACUGCAGAAGAAAUACGGACGGACGUACUCUCUGAUGAUGGGCUCCCACUGUGUCAUCGUCAUCAACCAGCACACACACGCCAAAGAAAUCCUGCUGAAGAAGGGAAAGAUAUUUGCAGGAAGACCCAGAACUGUAACCACAGACGUCCUGACCAGAGAUGGGAAAGACAUUGCGUUUGGAGACUACAGCGCUACCUGGAGAUUCCACAGGAAGAUAGUCCAUGGAGCCCUGUGCAUGUUUGGGGAGGGCUCUGCCUCCAUCGAGAAAAUGAUCUGUGCAGAGGCCCAGUCCCUGUGCUGCGUCCUGUCUGAGGCAGCAGCUGCUGGACUGGCCCUGGAUCUGUCUCCUGAGCUGACUCGGGCCGUCACCAACGUCAUCUGUUCGCUCUGCUUCAACUCCUCGUACCGCCGCGGGGACCCAGAGUUUGAGGCCAUGCUGCGCUACAGCCAGGGCAUCGUGGACACUGUGGCAAAGGACAGCCUGGUGGACAUCUUCCCCUGGUUACAGAUGUUUCCUAAUGCAGACCUGCGUCUUCUGAAGCAGUGUGUUUCAGUCAGAGACGAACUUCUUCAGAAGAAAUAUGAUGAACACAAGGCAGACUACAGUGACCAUGUGCAGAGAGACCUGCUGGACGCGCUGCUGAGAGCCAAACGCAGCGCUGAGAACAACAACACCGCAGGGAUCAGUGCCGAGUCGGUGGGCCUCAGUGACGACCACCUCCUCAUGACUGUGGGAGACAUCUUUGGAGCUGGCGUGGAAACCACCACAACUGUGCUUAAAUGGGCCAUCACGUACCUCAUCCAUUACCCACAGGUGCAGAGGCGUAUCCAGGAGGAGCUGGACAGUAAGGUGGGGGAGGACCGGUCCCCCCAGCUCAGUGACAGAGGCAGUCUACCCUACCUGGAGGCCACCAUCAGGGAGGUGUUACGGAUCCGCCCUGUGGCCCCGCUGCUCAUCCCCCACGUGGCCCUCAGUGACACCAGCAUAGGGGAUUUCACAGUGAGGAAAGGAACUCGCGUCAUCAUCAACCUGUGGUCUCUGCACCAUGAUGAGAAGGAAUGGAAAUACCCAGAGCUCUUUGACCCUGGCCGGUUCUUGAACAGUGAAGGCACAGGGCUGAUCAUCCCGUCGUCCAGCUACCUGCCGUUUGGCGCCGGUCUCCGGGUGUGUCUGGGCGAGGCCUUGGCCAAGAUGGAGCUUUUCCUCUUCCUGUCGCGGAUCCUCCAGCGCUUCACCUUCUCUGUCCCAGCGGGUCACUCUCUGCCCAGUCUGGAGGGUAAGUUUGGUGUGGUCCUCCAGCCGGCCAAGUACAAGGUGAAUGCCGUGCCCAGACCAGAGGGCGACAACAUGCCGCGGUCUUUCUUGGUAAAGAAACAUCACAUCGCUAAGAGAGCAAACUAUGGAAGACUGAGCUCAAACACUGAGGAGGUCCCCUGCAGCCCCCAUGAAGACUCUGUGCUGCACAAUGACAUCCCCCCUCGUCAUCAUUGUCCAGCCACAAGCCCAUGGCUAUUCCAGUCCCUCUCCUCCUCCUCCUGUCCUCUUUCUCUCAGAGCAGACCGACUGCAUCUGCCAUCUUCUCCAAACACCCCCCCUUUCUCCUUUUUGGGCCACUCUUCAGAGGGCUACAUUAGAAGCCCUGCAGAUGCCUACAAGCCAGCUGAAUCCUGCACCAAAGGGAACCUGGGAAUCCAGUGUGUCACAGGAGACCACAGGAGGAGAGAGAACCUCAUCCCUUCGUCCCUCCCUCUCCUGGCCCUCUUUCCGACCAUCCCUCACGGCAGCAGCCAGGGGAGCUUUGCGUGUUUGGACUGUAAAGAGUACUUGAGCUCCUCGGGCCUGGCCAAACACGAGCAGCUCCAGUGUGAGUGGAGCAGUAAGAAGCACUUCAGCUGUAAGUACUGUGAGAAGGAGUACGUCAGCCUGGGAGCGCUCAAGAUGCACAUCAGGACACACACACUGCCCUGUGUGUGUAAACUCUGUGGCAAGGCAUUCUCCAGACCCUGGCUGCUUCAGGGACAUAUACGAACACACACAGGAGAGAAGCCGUUCUCGUGCCUACACUGCAGCAGAGCUUUUGCUGACCGAUCCAACCUGCGAGCUCACCUCCAAACCCACUCUGAAGUGAAAAAGUACCAGUGUGCAAGCUGCUUCAAGACCUUCUCUAGGAUCUCACUGUUGGCCAAGCACCAUGAGUCUGGCUGCCCGCUGUCCUGACUGUGAACGUCUUCCUGCUCCAAAAUACUCUUCUGUAGAGUCUCACUGAACAACCGUGGCUUUGAAACAAAAACCGGCUAGGAGGUUUGCACAGCUUGGUGUGGAUCACAAAACCUGCAUGCCUAAGCAGUGGAAAACAAGCUAGCGUCUGAUGACAAAACAAUUAUUUCACAGAGUUUGACAAAAUAGUGUAUUGACAUCUGUAGCUUGCUGUCAGAAACCACUUAGUUACUUAAGUGUAUAUGUGUCCAACUAACAUGUAUUUUGAAGUGUUUACAAUGUUGCACAGAUUGAGUCAGCAUGAAGCAGCCACACAUGUAUUUAAAUGUUCCUUUUGCUCUUAUUGCCUGGUAACAGUGAUGUUAGAACUGACCCCCACAUCACCCCCACACAAUAAUAAGAGGAAUAGGUCACACAUUAUCAGGCUGUAUCACAGUAAUGGUUUGUGUUGUUUGAUUCACUGUGACAGAGAGGGGUGACUGUGGUGAGCAGAGGGUUUGCAGAGGAGAUGGCUGUGUUAGAUGUGUUACUGAAAAAAGAUUACGGAGUCUUUCUUCAGUUUGCUUAAUCCCCUUAUUCUCAUUCGCUGUCAUCGCAAACUUGUUGGAGAAAACACAACGGCCCAGUCACAGUUCUUGAAGUCCCCAAGUGGGAUCUGCCUUAGGCCGGCUACACACUGGCUGCGUGGCGUGAGCGUGGCGUGAGCGUGGUGUGAGCGUGGCGUGAGCGUGGCG